AUGCCGACACCAUCCAUCCCGUCAAACGAUGUGGAUGGGAACUGGAAUCCGGAUGACAUAACAAGCCAGGCGUCCAGCGAAGUCAUCAAAAGCAUCCUGAUUGAUGUUCCGGUGGCCGGUCCCGAAGCUGAUGCUUUGGCUGUACUUCGGGAUCAGUUCCAGUCAGAGGUCCAGGCCAUUCUCGCACGGUUGCAGGCAGUGGAGACACAUCUGGGAAUGUCAGUGCCUCCGAGGGGCGGGGAGAACAAUCUCUGCCAUGACGAGGAUACCCCCAGCGCUUUGAAGAAAACGUGGGUGCAGAUGUCGCAUGACGAGACCAUUGAUAACGACGUGCUCACCCAGACAUCCAGGCUGGAAGAGAAGUCGACGCCGGUCCGUUUCGAAGAAAGUUACCUCGUCUGCAGUAUGCGGUUUUUCGAGGUGCUGCUGAACUUCGCCAUGCAAGUUGCUUUCUCAGGCGUCCUGCUAUCCGACAGCUUUAUGGGCGACAGCUUUGACACCAAGGUGGGUAGUGCAAAGACCUGGCGGACGAGGGUGGCUCACGACGAUGCCUACCUCGAUCUCGGAGGUACAAGUCUGGUGUCACGCGUCUGCGCCGGAGACGGCGCCCUGAUCCUGUCGACGCAGCAGGCGACCCUCAUCGAGGAGAUCAACAAGUUCCUGGCACUGGGAAAGGAUGAUUUGGAGCCUCCGGUCUUUCAAUCUGUGGGCAGUGUAGGAGGAACUGUCUUGAAGAAUCAGAAGAUCACCAGCAUCUCCUGUGGCCGCUACGCGAUGCAACGAUCUGUCUUCGCCAUGGUGUUCACAGGUGUCGAUUGGGGUGGACAGCUGUUCGGGUUCAAAGGCGACGAACUUUCUGCCAGGAAGUGUUGGUCUGAGCUGGGGCUGCUUGUCGUGCCAGCCAAGGCAAGAGCAUCUAUUGCUUCGGUGCUCCUAGUGGCUGGAAUUCUCUGGCUGGCCCGGACAACUUCGAUUGAGGAGCUGAUGCUGAAUGCGGUCGCCUUGAACGCCAUUUUGGACGUUGACGAGUUCCUGUUUGCGGGCAUGACACCCAUUAAGGUCCAGCAUGCUGUGCAGAGCUUGGAACCCAUACACGUGCGGUACAGCCGUCGCCGAAGCCAGUGUGAGACUCUGGUGCAUGUCAGCCUGAUCCUGACGACGGUGCUCUUGUCCUACACCCUCUUGCUGGUUCCUCUGUCCGAGACCAUGCAGACGGUGAAAAAUGAGCUCUGCGGUGGCAAUCGGACUUUUGUGGUCUCCUACAAUCGCGAGACGCAAGAGAUCAUUGGCUUGACCACAAGACUGCCGGCUGAAGAAGGGGAGAGCAAUCUGACCGCAAUCGAGCUGGCUGUUAGAUCUCACAUCGGCAACUCGCCAGAGACUACUCCGGGUCCGGUUCCCGACUACAUCACCUUCUCAGUGAAUCGAAGAGUUUUCGGAGCGGACGCCGAGCGUUCUAUGCUUGAAAAAGCCAGACAAUUCCCACUUUGCAUGGAAACAUUGGUGCUCAAUGAGGGUGCCCUUUUGCACAACGAUCCGGCGCUGCAGCCACUGGUUGAUGUUUUGUUGAGGACAGCGGGUCUGGCUCUCGGCCGGGAGAUGGUUUCAAGCUGCCAGGAGCUCAGUGACUUCUGCGACCACGCCGAUGCGGGCUUGCUGCGUCUCGUUUGUGGCGAGACCUGUGGCUGCACCGAUCCCGUCUCGAACCCAUGGUACAAAGUCGAGGCACAAGGCUGCAGUACUUCAUGCCUUAUUGAGACGAACUGGAAUGGAAGGGACAUCCCUUGCGUGGACAGCGAGGCGAACCGUAGCUGGGAAAUGUUUUGGGAUUCGUAUCCGGAUGCCGUGUCGGCUUUCUAUGGGCAGCCGAUACAACGGUCCGCCCUGUGGCCAGAUCUGAACAGGACCAUGCACGGAAUGUUGUCUCAAGGCUGUUCGUACCUGCGCGUGGCUCCCUUUGAUUCGCCCACCAGUGCUCAUUUCUGUGAGGGCCUCACGACAUUGUUCAAGCCUUUGACUACGAUUUGCCCGGUCACCUGUGACUGCAAAGUCACACACAGAAACGGGUGCCCUUCCAGCUGCACUGGCCAAUUCGAUCCGAACCAGGGGUUAGCCUGA